CUUCACUAUCACAUCUGAACAUAUGGUAAGGCCAGAAUAGAAAGACAUGGGCAAAAAGUGAAGGCCAUCGUUAGAAAGAUAACUCAGCGAUUUAAACCGCAAGCUGAAGAGGUCAAACAUUACAUGGGCGUUUGAGGAAAGGGCUGAGUACCGGGCCGGUCGGAAGCAGUUACAAUGGUUUGGGCCCUCGAGUCUCUUGACCGACAACAUUCACAGCGUUGGCCAACGGAUUGGCCACAACGUCCGUCGUGCCCAUUCCUUUCUCAAACUCUUACUACCACCACCAUCUCCGAGUAGUCUACCUGCUGCGAUAUCGAGCACUUUUACCAUUAAGGUGUAACCCCCACAACUACAUACAGAACGCCACUUCACCAUGCCACUUCCAGGCAAUGGAACACUAUCUCUUCAUGGAUAUUCGCGAAUUGGAGAUACCGCCACAACAGAGCCGAAGAAAGGCAUGAUUAUCCGAAUGUCCCCAGAGACUUUGGAUGCACUCCAGGACAACCUCCAAAAGCCUAAUAUCGAGCUCCAGCUCGAAGAUAAUCCCGGCUUAUGGAUUGCGGGCAAAUUCUUCUCGAUGAACUCUCAACCAGAGAAUUCACCGCACGAACUGUACCUCCGGACCUCAACCGCAUCAAAGCCCAAUGCGCCACUCAAGCUUCAAGCCAACAUUAUUGGCAAAUUUGUCGUCAACCGCGAGCUCGAUCAGCGACUACAGAACAAACUACGAGGUAGCGCCGCAGCGGCCGAGAAACAGCGGGAAGAACGUCAGAUUCAAAUACUCGAUGAGCCACCUAUAAUGUCCAAACCAGGUGCAAAGAAGGCAAAAGAGGCUGCUGGUACGAAGAAGACCAGAAAGACAGGUACUACAGUAACGACUGUCAAAUCGACUACCACUCGUGAUCGUAGUUUCUCGCCCAGCUUGCCUGCGGAAGAGAAGAACUAUAAGGUGAUUGGUGAUCCAUCCACAAGACGGCGGCUUGUGCACUGUCUUGCUAUACAACCUCGUGAUACGAUUGAGGUUGUAAACAUGGUCGGAGGGAAAGAUUGCGAUGCAGCUACAAAGAAUGAACUGUUCCAGAUCUUGAAAACUUGCGCUGUCCGGCGAGCCGAACCACAGAGCCCGGAUUCGAAGCCAAAGUGGUAUCUUCUGGCGAAUGCAUGGAGAGAGGUACGUCCGUUCGAGUAUGACCUCGCGGACGCCGAACGUACUAGGAUGGCACGAGAGUGCCGAAGGAACUUUGCGUUGCUCAAAAUCCCAGAGUCGGAUCCCCUCUGGGAACAUGCUCGAUUCAGAGACCCUGGAAAUUCACGCCCAGGUGCGAGUACAGCACCGGAACCAAAGAAGGGAAUCACAACGCGAGAGGCGAAACAAAAGAAAGCUGCUAUAGGCGCUUCCAAGAAAGGUAACGAUACUAUCAUCGCAAAGGACGAAAGGGUUCAAUCAACGAGAUCCAAAGCUGAGCCUCCAGUGAACGCUGGCAGUGGUACCACCGUCCGAGCUGUACCCAGGAAACCGCCAGGUUCAGGGUAUAAGAGCAAAGCGGGUAGCACUACACCAUCUCCUUCUACGCCCGAGAUUUCUAGCGUGGGCCCCUCUUCACUACCGCGGAAACCAGACUUCUUGCCGACCCAGAGUCGCACUCCUUCAGGAACUGACCGAACCUCCGCGAAACCUAGAGAUGCUCUACCCAGUUCUAACACAAACGAAGGCCGAGCUAACGAUGUGGCAUCUCUUAGUUUUAAGCGCAAGACUGCUAUGCGCGAAGAGCAAGAGGCGGAGAUGUCAGAUAGAGACCGUCCUAAGCCUAUGCUCAAGAGACGAAAGAUCGGCGAAACAAAUGAGACCCAAAAUAGCAGGCCGACAUAUGAUCGAAUACCUUCACUUCCGAACAAACCAACCACAGCGAUAGGCGAUGCAUCCCCCCGUCCAGCCUCACGUGCGAUCAAGAAGGAGGCUUCACCUUUUGGCGGUUCGCCUCUACCACGAUCUCCUCUUCCGCCAACGCACUCUUCUCUCCCUCCUACACGUUCACCUCUCGCCACUCGUAAGGUCAGCGCGCAAGACCGCGUUGUUUCUGCCUCCUCUUCAUCAUCUGCUCAGUCUCGUCAGGGACAGUCUAGUCAACCUUCGACUAGAAACGGAUCUUCGAAACCCAAACGAAGGUCCCCGAUCUACACUUCCUCGGAAGAUGAGCAAGAUCCACCACCUAAGCCUGCUGCUCGAAACUCUGAGGCAGCAUCUCAUUCGGCGAACCCUCCUCCGCCUGCAAAGAAGGCCGGACGCACAUCUCGUGAAAAAGAACCUCUCAGCUUGCCAGAUGACGAAGCUGGACUUCGGAAACUGUACAAAUCGAAGUAUAGACCGUACAUUACGCUGUAUACCAAACACGUCAGCGCUGUUGAUACCAUUGAGAGGCUACUGGCAAAGGAUGACGAGACGACGGAUUCGGAUAUAGACAUGGAUGUCUUGGAUGAAAACGAGAUGAUGAACUUGAAAACCGAUCUUACCACUGCCACGGAGGAGCUAGAGAUGAUUCGAGAUGCGCAUUCCAAGCUGAUGAGGUUAGGAAAGGCCAGUGGGAAGCUCUCGGAUGACGAGUGACGGUUGUGUAUCAGGUUCAAAAGUAAUAGGGGACAUGUUGUGGACAUUGGAUGUAUUGAUAGAUCUCUGUUUGGUUUGGAUACCCUUCACCAUUUGGUUCAUAUAUAUAGCUAUACACAUGUAUCCGUCGUUAGAGCUACUGGCGAUACUCUUAUAAAUGUACUCUGUCCGACUUGUAGUAUACGAGAGGGGGAUGUGCAACUCAGUUUUUCGGCUUUUCAGC